AUGGAAAGCUCCACUGAAGAAAAACAACAGACAUUGUCAUCCGAGCUUCUCUUUCUCCAGGAAAUUUUUAGUUUAAAUCCUAAAUCCUACUGGAUAUUUAACCACAGACGUUGGUGUUUGGAAACUAUGCCGGACCCUGAUUGGCAAAGAGAACUCACUCUUGUUGGAAGAAUGUUAGAUAUGGAUUCACGAAAUUAUCCCGAUGAUCAAAGUGCUUGGUUGUAUCAUUGUUGGUUGGUCGGUCGAGAAAUUCGACACAUAUCUGUUCUUGGAACUUAUUAUGAUCCAUCGAAAAGUCGGAUAAUUUUAGCAUUUGAUGAUGAGAUCGGGAUGUUAACACCUUUCAAAGUAUUUUGCAAAAAAGAAAAUUCUCCCCUAAACAUUAUUAAGGGUUUAUGGAGGUCUGUUAACGGAGGGAUUAGUAAUGGGGAUAGAAUGUACGGAUUUGUCUGGAUUUUUACAUUUUCAGAUGAGGAAAUAGAUAAUUUCUCCGAACUUUUGGUCACUGUGAAACCAGAAUGGAUCGUAUCAUCACAUCCUGAGAAAAAGUUGACUAGAACUAUUAGCAGGAGUUGUAUCAACCAAAAAUUUGAUGAGGUUAAAGAAAUUCUAGUAUUAAUGGUGCCGAAAGAUAUGACUGAAGGAUCAGUCGAAGCAACAACCGAUACCGUAUCAAAUCUAUUAAUCGAGUCACAAGAUUCAUUGCUAAUUGGUACAUCCGAGAAAUUACCCGUCUUGCGCCGUGAGAUCUCUGCAAUAAGAGAAUUACUAGAAUUGGAACCAGAUAGCAAGUGGUGUUUGCAAACCUUAAUAAAUCUUUUACGCGAACUUAAAUACAUUUCUGGUUUGAAUUCGGAGGAAGUCGCUGAUGUUAAUGAAGAAGUUGUAAAGUUGUGCGAUAAAUUAAUUCACGUCGAUAAAACCCGAUCUGCGGCUAUUUUUGAAAGUUCUACAAAAACGCUUAUUGAAUCCUCUUAUGUAUCAUCGGAAGUUAUUUAUAAACACAUGGGGACAUUAAUAUCCAAAUCAACCCAAACAUCUUUAUUUUCGCUUACUGACAAAAAAAUCACGACCAUUCCUUCACCAUCUAUCUUUUUGCAUAUUCGCAAAUUAGAUUUGUCGCACAAUAAGUUAAACACUACCAAGUUCCUUGCAAACUUGAUCAGCUUGCAAGAAGCAAACCUUAGCAAUAAUUGCAUAACUAAUGUGCAAGGUGUGUAUGGUUUGGAAUAUUUGAGAAGUUUAAAUCUACAGUCAAACUUAAUCGUUACUUGGGAAUUCAUUGAAAAUGAACUGACAAAAUGGCAGGGUGGCGAAUGCAAAGUGUACUUGUAUGGGAAUCCUGUAAUUGAGACAAGUAAUGAUGAAUUAAUCACAAAACAAAAAAGAACUAUCGGUAAUAUUGAAAUUGUUUGGGAUAGUUGGACUACAUAG